UUCUCAAAUCUCAAUCCUCUAAAUGGUUAUUCAGCAACAAGAGGAGGAGAUGGUGUUGGUGGGUACAGAAUGGCUAAUGGAGAGAUGAAUAUGAAGAGUCCAUUGAGUUACUCAUCGAGUGCACAUUCUUCAUUGGGGAUGUUGCCUCAAAUCACAGAGGCUGAGAAUGAGAGCACUAUGGGGUCUUGUUUGGAUGAGGAGGAAAGAGCUGCAUCAGGAAAUGGAAUCUCUAGUUAUGGCUCGGGACUACAAUUUGCAUCUUGGAGUGGUUCUCCAAACAUUGCAGACAGCCUUAAAAUGGAGCUGGACGAUGACAGCCUCAACCUUUUUGCUGCAGCUAACACUCAAGUUGGAGGUAUAGGGGGACAAAGGCAAAAUAUGUCGCGCCAAUUGAGUUUACCAAAGACAUCAGGUGAAGUUGCUGCUUUGGAGAAGAAAUUGUCCCAAUUUCCAGACAGCGUUCCUUGGAACAUCCGUGCCAAACGUGGUUGUGCUACUCAUCCAAGAAGCAUUGCAGAGAGGGUGAGAAGAACCCGUAUUAGUGAAAGAAUGAGAAAACUACAAGAGCUUGUCCCUAACAUGGACAAGCAAACCAACACGGCGGAUAUGUUAGAUUUUGCUGUUGAGUACAUUAAAGAUCUUCAAAGACAGUACACGACGCUGACAGGCUAUCAAGAAAAUUGCAAAUGCUCAUCAGCUUCGGAUAAAAGAGUCUAACUUUAUUGCUGUAAAAAGCAGAGAGGGCUGUCCCCAAGACUUCGGCUACAACAUGGGAAGGGGAAGGAAAUAUACAAGAGUUGAAGCAUAUGUUUUGUUAUAUUGUUUUUAAUCUCUUCUUUUCUUGUCUUUUUGAGAAUUAGCGAAGCGCGUUGAAGGGACAGUAAUUAGCUAUACCUAUAGUAUGAUUAUAUGUUACGAAUUAAACUAACAAUGUUAAGGACAGAUUUAAUAGGACAGAAUCAUAGAUUAAGUAGCUAAGCAUAGGGGCUAUGUAUGUAUGUAUUGCUUCAGUUGUCUUCCUUUAUUUUAUAGGUCAAUAAAGCUUCUAUGGGUCCUUUGCGGUCCUUUUUUUGGGUUAUCACUAAAUUUUAAACCCC